GCCGGGCUCCGACACGGGGAAUGCCCCCAGGCGGUUUGUCCCUCGCUCCUCGCCGUAGCGUCCCGUCCUCUCAGCUCCACGUUGGCCGCGCAGGCGCAGCGGCUCUUCUGUUCACCUGCUGGGGAGGGGGGAUCCCGGAAGGAGCGGAGGUGAAGCGGCGGCGGCGGCGGCUGAUCCGGGGAGCGGAGUCACCAGCGCUCGCGGGAGGAGCUCGGCUCCCAACCCCACCACCCCCAUCCCUGAGCCCUCCGGAGAGGGGACGGGGCGCGGGAAGGAGGGAGAGUGACGCCCCGUCCCGGAGCCAGAGCGGGGACCGGCAGCGGGGGCGGCUCCCCGCGUUCCCCUGGCCGCCCCCUCCUCCCCGGGGGGCCGCCGCCAUGUUCAAGAAACUGAGGCAGAAAAUCGUCGAGGAGCAAACGCAGCCGCGGAGCCCAGGGGGGCGGGCGCCGCAGCAGCCGCAGCUUGGGGAAACUUUAUAUUUGCAAUGGACCCACUCCAAAUCUUCACCACCACCACCAGGCAACAGGAGCAGAACAUCUUCACUUACAGAACAACCUGAUGAAGGCACUUUAACACCAGACAGAGAGCUGCUAGCCGGGAUGAUAGCAGAGCCUGCUUUUCUCUCUGAGUAUACUAUCUUUGCUUUGGAUCCCAAACAACCUAAACCACAGAGUGACAGUGUGAAUGUAUCUAAACAAACAGCCCCCAAAUCCACAGACAGCAAUGGAAGUGAACCACCUUCCCCUCAGUUAAGUGACACUCAGACUUUUGCACAGAAACUCCAACUCCGGGUUCCUUCAAUGGAAUCUUUGUUUCGAAGUCCAGUAAAAGAAUCCCUGUUCCGCUCUUCUUCUAAAGAGUCCCUGGUACGAACUUCUUCGAGAGAGUCAUUAAAUCGACUGGACUUUGACACACCUGGUCCCACAUUUGAUCCACCAUCUGAUGUUGAAAGCGAGGCAGAAGAGUCACUGGGAAACAUGGACAGCCUCAGCAAAGAACAGCUUUUACAACGAUUGCGUAGAAUGGAACGUAGUUUAGGCAACUACAGAGGAAAAUAUUCUGAGCUGGUCACUGCCUAUCAGACUGUCCAGAGAGAGAAGAAAAAGCUACAGGGUAUAUUGAGCCAGAGCCAGGAUAAAGCACUUCGGAGAAUUGGAGAACUACGAGAGGAGCUCCAAAUGGAUCAACAAGCUAAGAAACAUCUCCAGGAAGAAUUUGAUGCAUCUUUAGAAGAAAAGGAUCAGCUUAUUAGUGUCCUGCAGACUCAGGUAUCUUUGCUGAAACAGCGAUUACAGAAUGGCCAAAUAAGCACUGAAUUACCCGAAACAAAUACUGAAACUGAACCACAAGUUCAAAGUCCAGCAAAAGAAAUCAGUGCAGAAAAUGUUUUGGAGCCAGGAGGUACUGAGGGUGAUGGAGAUUCUGCAAAAACACUAGAAACUCUGAUUAAGAGAGUGAAACGUCAAGAGAACUUGCUUCAGCGAUGUAAAGAGAUGAUCCGAUCGCACAAGGAACGCUCUGCACAGCUAACCAAUGAGAAAGAAGCACUGCAGGAACAACUAGAAGAGAGACUUCAGGAAUUAGAGAAAAUGAAGGAGCUUCACAUGGCUGAGAAAACUAAACUGAUUACUCAAUUGCGCGAUGCAAAGAAUUUGGUUGAGCAGCUAGAACAAGAUAAGGGCAUGGUAAUAGCAGAGACGAAACGACAAAUGCAUGAAACGAUGGAAAUGAAGGAAGAGGAAAUUGCUCAGCUGCGUGCUCAUAUCAAGCAGAUAACUACCCAAGGCGAGGAGUUACGAGAACAGAAAGAAAAAUCUGAAAAAGCUGCAUUUGAAGAGCUUGAGAAGGCUCUGAGUACAGCCCAAAAGGUAGAGGAAGCACGGAAAAAGCUGCAAGCAGAGAUGGAUGAAAAAAUUAAAGCAAUAGAAAAAACAAGUGAGGAAGAACGUGUAAACCUUCAACAAGAGUUAACUAGGGUGAAGCAGGAGGUGGUUGAGAUUAUGAAGAAGUCUUCAGAAGAGCGUGUUGCUGAGCUAGAGAAAUUGCAUAAAAGAGAUCUGGCUACCAAAGAGCAGGAGCUAAAUGAGAGAUUACAGGCUCAAGAAAAGGAGUUCCAGGAGAAGAUGAGGGCAGCUCUUGUAAGCGUCCCUACAAUGUACAAGGAAAAAAGUCAAAGCGAGUGUUUACAGACAGUACAAGAAAAAGAGCAACAGGAAUCCCUGGCAUUAGAAGAAGUAGAACUGCAGAAAAAAGCAGUACAAUCAGAGUGUGAGAAGAAACUUCAGGACAUGCAGCAAGAAAUACAGACAUCUAGAACUAGAAUUCUUGAAUUGGAAAGUUCCCUUGCAAAGUAUUCACAAGAUGACAAAAGACAAUUUGAGGAACUAACUACUUUGAUAGAGUCUGAAAAAAACAAGCACAAUAAAGAAAUUACUGUAAUGGUUGAAAAGCACAAGGAAGAGCUAGAAAACAUGAAGCAGCAGGAGAAAGAACUUUGGACAGAAAAACUGCAAAUCUUAAAGCAACAGCAACAGUCCACAAUAGAAAAAUUGAGAGAGAAACAUGAACAAGAAAUGGAUAUAAUGUUGAAAGAAAAAGAGUCAGUUUUCCGUGCACACAUAGAAGAGAUGAAUGCAAAAACAUUAGAAAAGCUUGAUGUGAAACAAACAGAGCUAGAAGCAUUAUCUUUCGAGUUAUCAGAAACACUAAAAAUACGUCAUGACCUAGAACAAGAGCACUUUGUAUUGAAAGAUGAUGUAGAUAAAACAAAACAGGAGUCUGAGGCAAAACUGGAACAACAGAGAAACCACUACCAGGAAAAAAUUGACAUGAUGGUUAAAGAGCAUGACAUAUCUGUCCAAGGAAUUGAGAAGGCACACACAGAAGAAACUAACCAACUCAAGGUACAGUUGGAAGAAAAAGAAAAACAUCUGGAGGAAUUAAAAGCACAAGAACAUAAACUAAAGGAAUCGCUUGAAAUAUCUGAAGCUGAACUUAAGCAAGUGUCUGCUAAACUAGGAGACCUCUGCCAGUCCCACCAAAAUAACUCCAGUGAGCAGGCAAAGGUUUAUGAAGGACAGUUAACAGAGCUACAACAAAAGUUGACAAAUAUGGAAGCUGAAAAAUCACAUCUUAAAGAACAGAUUGUAAGAGCUGAAUCACAGCUGAAUGAAGUUAGGACUGAAUUAGACUCUUACAUAUCCCAGGUACAUGACUUGAGGCGGCAGCUGGAAGACCAGAGGAGUGAAAACAUGCAGAAAAUAACUUCUCUAAAGCAACAGUAUGACUCUCAACUGAAAGAUCUCGGUACAGAGAUUGAUCAGGCAAAGAGAGAUUUGGUUGAGAAGGAAAAUCAACUUGAACAACUAAAAAAGCAGCAGAAUCAACAGGUGGAAGAGCUCAAACAGAAGAUAUCAGCCAAAGAGGAGAGAAUUAGUGCUUUACAAGUUGAAUAUGAAAAUAGUUUUAAACAACAAGGAACCAAGAUGGAAAAAAUCAAACAAAAAGCAAAAGAGAUGCAAGAAACGUUCAAGAAGAAACUUUCAGAACAAGAAGCUAAACUGAAAAAAGAAUUUGAAAACAAGCAGUUGGAGUUCAGUCAGAAAGAGAAACAUUUCAGUGCAAAAAUGCUGGAAAUGGCACAUGCCAGCUCAGCUGGAAUAAAUGAUGCUGUGUCAAAACUGGAAAUGAAUCAGAAGGAGCAACUAGAAAGUCUUGUAGAAGCUCAUAGGCAGGAACUAGAAGAAGUUGCUCAAACAUGGGGAAAAAAACUCAAUCAGCAGCUGGAAGAGCUCAAGGAAAAGCACGAAACGGAACUACAUAAAAAACAGAAGGAAGUUGGAGACCUUAAACAGAAGCUUGCCACCUUCAGUGCUGAGAAAGAGGGGACUAACAUCGAGAUCACCCGGCUGAAGGAAGAACAAGUGAAGAGAGACGAAUCUUGGAAUGAAUUGCAAGAACAACUAAAGCAGUUAUUGGCACAGGUGAACACCUUGUCACAAAGUGAAACUGAUCUCAAAGCACAACUUGAAAAACUAGAAGAUGACCUCAGUCACUCUCUGAAGGACAGGGCUGUACUACAGGAACAGCUCAGGGAGCAGAAAACAAUGGAAGAAAAGCACAAGAUCAAAGUUACAGAACUGACAGAUAUGCUGAAAACAUCUGAUGAAAAACUCCAAAUUCUGGAAUCCUCAUACAGUAAAGAACGUGAGGAUUAUGAGAAAAAACUAGAGGAUAAACAUUUGGCGAGUCAGCAAAAACAAAUUGAAUUUGAGAGGUUGUCAAGCGAACUAGCAGCACAGCUAGAUAUUUACUGGAAGGAAGCUGACGCUUUAUUGCAAACUAAAACCAAUGAAGUAAUUGAAAAAUGUACUGAAAAAAUUAAUUUAGUAAUCUCCAGAAUUGCACAUUGUCAGCAUCAAACUACAAAAAUUAAAAAAGCAAUAUUAAUUAAGAACUGUAAAAUUCCUGAACUAGAAACACAACUUAGACAAAUAACAGAACAUCAUACUGCAGUAAAUAGCUCUUUGCAGGAGUCCACACAACAGUUACAAGAUAAGGAAAAUGUAAUUAUACUCAUGAAAGCUGACAUUGAAAGACUUGUAACAGAAAAGGAGCUGUUGCAAAAAGAAGGAGGGCAUCAGCAACAGGCUGCAACAGAGAAGGAAACUUGUAUCACACAGUUAAGGAAAGAAUUAUCUGAAAAUAUUAAUGUUGUCACUUCAAUGAGAGAGGAGCUUAAGGAAAAAGAAUCUGAGAUCUGUGCUCUCAACAAGCUUGUGACUGAACUAAAUGUCAAACUUGAAAACAGCGUAGGUUUAACAGAAAAAGAAGCAGCCAUAUCUUUGUUAAGCAAGCAACACCAAGAGAAUCAACUGCAGUUAUUGAAUCAGGUGCAGGAAUUAUCUUCCAGGGUUGAGUCACUGAGUCAAGAAAAAGCAUCAGCUUUGGAGCAGGUAGACCACUGGAUGAACAAACUGUCAGAAUGGAAGAAAAAAGCACAGUUAAGGUUUACCCAGAAUCACAAUACUAUUAAAGAAUUACAAAGUAAGCUUGAAUUAAAUAAUAUCCAAGUUGGUGGAAAGGAUGAAGAAAUAAAUCAACUGAAGGAAGAGCUGGAUAAGCAAAGCAGGAAUUUAGAUAGUUUGAAAGCUGUAAUGGAACAAAAGCAGAGGAGAAGGGAAAAGCAAGAAGGAGAAUUAACUGCAGAGUUAAAAAUCCAAACAGCAAGAACUGCUGAGCUGGAGGAACACAUUGCUCGGAAAACAGCGGAAAAUGAUUCUUUAAUGGAAGAACUUAAAAGGCACAACGAGCGAAGAGACACUGAGCAAAAAGAGCUUGUUCAGCAACUUCAACAGGCUGAGGUUGUAGUUGUCGAAAAGGACAACAGGUUCAAGGAGGCUGAAGAAAAAGUGCUAAGUCUUGAAAAGCAAAUGGAUUCAAUGAAAGCUGAACUCGAUACAAAGCAGAGAGAAUUUGAACAAAUGAAAACUGCAAUGAUGAAAAGCAAAGAAGAAGAGUUGAAGAUGCUGGAAGAUAGGAUGAAUGCAGAAAACACUAUCAAAUUAGCAGACCUGAAAAAAAAGGCGGAACAAAAAAUAGCUUCUGUUAAAAAGCAGUUGACCUCUCAAAUGGAAGAAAAGGAACAACAGUUAAAGCUAGCUAUGGAAAAUCAGUUAAAAGAUUUAGAACAAAAAAUGCAGGAAAGAGAGGCCAAAAUUAUGGAUUUAGAAGAAAAAAAUAGAUUAAUAAGAGAUUCAGCAGACUUGGAAAGAGAAAUAAUACAAAAAGUAGAAAAUGUAAAAACUUCCUUAGAGCAAGAAAAAGCCAGUAUGCUAGAGAAUGUACGACAGAUGUAUGAAGAGAAAAUAAGUGUAAUACAAAAAGACUUAACAGAUAAGGAUGGAUUAUUACAGAAGUAUGAGAACGAGCAACAAGAAAGUAAUGACUCUAAGCUAAAAAUGAAAAGCCAACAGGAGGAACUCUUUAAAAAAUUGGAAUGUACUGAGAAAAAGCUACAAGAAGAACAAAGUGUGAUCAAAAGGCUCCAGAAAGAAAUAGAGGAAAAAAAUAAGAAAUAUUCUUUGUUACUGGAUCAACACACACAAGGUGGUGAUGACUUAGCAAGCAUCAGAGAAGAAUUAAAAGCCCAAGUACAAAAACAUCAUGAUAUGGAAAAUGUGAUUGGAAACUUACAGAAACAGCUUCAAGAAAAAGAUGAAGUCAGUCAGUCUUUGGAGCAGAAGAUAAGAGAGUUGGAGGAUGAUAUAAUAAAGAAUAAAGAAGCAUGGAAGGUUGAGAUGGAAGAGGUAACUUUUAAAUAUGAAGAAAAAUUGCAAGGUCUCCAGCAGCAGUUGGAUGAAAGAAAUAGCCAGCUGAAAGUUUUUGAAGAAAAUGUAAAAGAAGAGACUAAAUCUGAUUUGGAGCUGCAGAAAUUACUUGGUGAUAUGCAGACUCAGCAAAAGGAGUUGCAAGCUAAACUGGAGGAAGCUGACAGAGAGAAGCAAAAACUUCGCAAAGAAAUAAGCAAGGUACAGAAGGAUUUGCGUACUUUGCGGAAGGAGCAUCAGCAGGAACUAGAUAUAAUGAAGAAGGAAUCUUUAGAGGAAAUGGAACAGAAAAUCAGAAUUGAACAGGAAGAUAUGGAACUAAAGCACAACUCCACCUUAAAGCAGUUGAUGAGGGAGUUUAAUACUCAGCUGGCUCAAAAGGAGAGGGACUUGGAAACAGCUGUACAUGAAACUAUCAGUAAAGCCCAGGAUGUGGAAACUGAACUGAUAGAAACCCAUCAUGCAGAGACAACACAGUUGCAUAGAAAAAUUGCUGAAAAAGAUGACGAUCUAAAAAGAACUGUAAAAAAGUAUGAAGAAAUCCUUGAGGCUCGUGAAGAAGAAAUGACAGCAAAAGUAAAUGAGCUGCAAACACAGCUGGAGGAAUUGCAGAAGGAAUACAAACAAAAGCUGGCCGAUGAGGAGAAUAGGCACAGGGAAGAAGUAACAAUAACAGAGCUUCAGAUACAGCUAGCACAGAAGACAACUCUUGUCAAUGAUUCAAAGUUGAAAGAGCAGGAGUUCAUGGAGCAGAUUCAUAUACUGAAAGACAGGUUGAAAAGUUAUGAGAAAAAUGUGUAUGUCACUGCUGUCGGAUCACCAUACAGAGAUGGGAAUCUCUGCCAUGCUGAUGUCUCUCUCUUUGGAGAGCCUACUGAGUUUGAAUACUUGAGGAAGGUGCUGUUUGAAUAUAUGAUGGGCCGUGAGACUAAGACAAUGGCAAAGGUUAUAACCACAGUGCUGAAGUUCCCAGCCGACCAAACUCAGAAGAUCUUAGAACGAGAAGAUGCUCGACCAUUGUUUACCUCACCUCGCAGUGGUAUCUUCUGAAUAUUCCCAUCAGUCUGUGCUUAGUUAGCAUGUGGUCAUGGCUACGACCAUCUUGAAGAAAUGGUGAUAGUAAGGUCUUAUGACAAUGCUGCUUAGAAAUACAUUCAUAUCUCUGUUCUCCAUUGAGAAUGGACAAGAGGAAAAACUAUUAUUCAGGGUCCCAAAUGGAGCAGUAAGACUGAGGAAAUCAACACACACUUUGGACCGUGAAUAUCGUUAAAACUGCCUUGAGAAGAGAUGCUAAUCAGUGGUUAUCUGGUGAGGAGUCUUUUUUCCCCCUCGUAUUGAAUACUGUCUUCUAUUUUGUGUUAAAGGUUAUUUUUUUAAAAGGGAGAAAAAAGACUGUAACCUAGAAAGACUUUGCCCCGCUCUUGUAUCUCAGUACAGGUUUCACUGGGUGUUUUUAAGAGUUGAACUUAACAGGUUAUCUCUUCUAUUUAUUUUUGAUUUCUUGACUGACUGAAUGAAUUGUGCAAUACAUUUUUGGGUGGGUAGCAGUUAGUGGGUGAUUCCUGGUGAAUUAGGCCAUUUGUUUGAAUAUUUUCUUCCAAUUUGAUCUUUUGAUUGUUUGCUAAAGGCCAUUUCUUUAAGCUUUUGCUUACAAUAAAUCCAAAUUUUAGUACCUCAUGUAUUUACUCUUAGCUUUUGUACUUAUAUUUUCUGGAGAAGAAAUACACUACUGUAAAUUGUAAAUAGUUAAUACAUAACUGUAUCAUAUGCUGAUCUGUGACUGGCAAUGCUAAUCUGGCAGGAGCUGAGAUGAAAUAAAGUUUUAUUUACUAUA